AUGGUGAUGGUGACAGCUGUGCCCUCUGCUGUCAAACCAGUAAUCGCUCAGGGCAUCAAGCAUACUGAACCAUCAGUGAGGGCAACCACGUGUUCCUUACUGGUGUGUGUCCUUCAGAGGGCGUUCAAGGUCAUCAGCCAUUGUCAGGACACGGAGCGGUGGACAAACCACGCCGUCUACUCCGUCCACGACAUGGAAAGGUUCAUGGGGCUUUUCAAGGAAGCCUUGAUGAAGAUGCUGCCUGAUGUAAAUACUGUCAUCAGUGCAUGGCAGGCCGCAAGAAAACAGGACAGGGCGACCCUUAGUGCAGAGGAAACGCAGGCUGGGAAAACUGCUGUCUUCUCAGAUGUGGAUGGAGUGCUGCAUGUGCUGCGUCUGUACCAGCAGGUUCUGCCCGACCAUUUCCUCCAGUCCAACUACGACUUCAGCAAGAUGCUGCACGACACGGCGGCGUGGGUCGUGGAACAUGGGAUAACGUCACCGUGGUUACAUGUCAUGAACAUACUGGGGAAGUUGCCGAAGGGGAGGAUUAAGUGGCACAAGGAGGAGAAGGGUCAGAGGACAGGGUGCUACCAGCUCAUGCAGGUGUUCUCCGAUGCAUCAGACAUUCAGGUCGUCAAGGAGACCAAGGAACUUCUGGUGAAGGUUCUGAGUGACACAGGACUGUUUGACCACACCUUGUCGGAGGCAGAGUUGUGGCUGAGACAUCUGAGACUCCUUGAGACGUCUGAGGAGAGGGUCGAGGUGCUGACCUUCUUGGAUAAGGUGUUGACUCAGGGAGUCAGGAAUCCUUACCCGUUUGCUGACAAGGUUGCCGAGAUGAUCGUGGAAACCUCUUCCUUCACCUCAGACAAGGUCAACACAGCAGAAUCUGACCUUGAACCUAUUCCAGAUGCAAAUUCUACAAUCAACGACGAAGACAUUCUUGAAGAUGGCCCGCAGUCAUCUACAAGUCUUCUACCCUUUAGUGCCUUUGUUCCUGCAUUGUUAGAAGAUUGUAGGUCUGUGAUACAGAAGGUUGUACAGCCGUCGGUGGCUAACAGCAUCCACAGUUUCCUGACUCCUGCAAUUCUCGACUUGCUCCACUCGCAGAUUGACCCUCUCCCCCUGUGCCUCAUUCUACGCCAACACCUGGCUGCUAUACAAGGAGAAGUGUCGACAAUGUCAAAGAAGCUUGAACCUCAACCGUGGACCGCUGACUGCAACACCCUGGCUCAGACUGUAGCCGAAUUCCUGUCCUCUACGGAGAUAACCAGGAUUGAAACUUUGCCUUGUGAUGAACUGAUGAAAAUGCUGCGGGGAGAACUUUUUGAUGAACUGGUGAAAAUGCUGGAGACAGACCGUUUUGUUGCUUUCAAGAACACGAGUGUCGAAUUCUUCAGAAGUGUGUUUGAGAGGAUGAGGAGUCUAGACGCAAGCAGCUUCGACCUUGUAGCAGACUCGUUCCUUGAACUCUGUUCUAGAAUGAGUCUAGACAUAAGCAGCUUCAACCGUGUCACAGACUCGUUCCUGGACCUUAGCUCUAAAUCUCCCGUCUUCCUCACUUUAGAGAAGUUAGCAAGAACCAGACGCCUUCCUGAAACCUUGGUGUGGACCUUGAGCCAGUCCUGCAAGGUCGUUUCCAUAGCAACACUGGUAUUCCAGUCGUCCAAUCGUCAGCUUCUGCAUCAGGAGGUUGUGAAGGAUGCUGUUUUAGCUUCCAUCAAGUUGCUGAAAGAUUCGGAGUUUGUGUUUGCUGCAAAGUGCCUGUUGCUUUCCUUGAAGCGAGAGUUGGAUUCUUCAAGUCCUGCCAGCAGCAACGUAACAGACUACUUCAUAUUUCUUCAAGAGAUUCUUGAAGCGCUGUGGAAAACACAAGAUAAAGAAGUCUUAGACGUUCAUGCAGGGAAAGACAAGUCAGAAGAGUUGGAAGAGACCAUCUUGAGUCAUCCGACGGUAGACAGCUGGUUUUUGAAACCUAAGACAGGAGACAAGAAGACAGAAUCUGAUGCAGUUUCAGAUGCGAUGAGUGAGGAAACAUGUAAGAUAAUUGCAAGCGUGAUGCUCCACUCCCCCUCUAAGUCCACCCAAGAACGUAUGCAGCAUCUUAUCCGGAAGGUUGUGACCAUCUUACGACCAGAAAUAGCGUCAGCUCAGAAGAAGGACUUGUGGGCACAAGACACGUACAUCCUCACCUUGAAGUUGUUCAAUCGUCUACUGUUCUGUGCUGAUACUGAGGUUGUAAUGCAGGUUGUGGAAGACUUGGCAAAACUUCCCAUUCACUUUCUUACUCCACAUAAAGAUUCAUCACAUCUCAAACAUUUCACAGGUCGUCCGAGUUUGUUUGGCAAAGUUCUCGUCUCAGGAGUACAGAGGCUGAUGGCAGACACUGGAGCACAGGUUUCUAGUUGCUGCUUCCAUAAGCUCUAUCAGCUGCUACUACUCACCGGGAACGAAGACCUGAUGACAACAUUUCUAAGACUCCUUGAGACCCAGGCAUUUCCAGCUGAGGUAUAUGAGAGCCUUCCCAUAAAUGUACGUCUCGAAAAGCCGACUGUUGAGGCCACAGCUUCACUGGUGGAGCACAGUUCAGUGUACAGGGCUCGUCUCGGGGACUUUUUCCUGAGUACAGAGGGAAAGAAGCACCUGUUAACUAGUGCUAAUUGGCUGAAUGUGUAUGUUCCCACACUGAACGCCUACUUCAGACAAGCGGAGCUUGCCAAUGAUACAGAGAUUCCAGGCCGGGUGUGCCAAAUGCUGCUCGAGGGACGGUUUGACGAUAAGGAUCCCAUCUUACAUAUCAAGAAGAAGUAUGUGCCGGGCGCAAUGGAGCUGGUUGCUAGGUUACUGAAACUGAAUGGCAACGCUUCUGAUGCCAGGAUGUAUCUGGACUGCAAGAUGCCAGAGUUUUCUACUCCGCACCUGUCACGUUCGAGAAAGUGGCAAGUUGUUGUUGAUAUCAUCAAAGAUCUUCGUGACAAAGAAAAGGAAGAUGAUGAUGGUGAAGAAAAGGAAAAGAAUGACAAAUUGUGCGGUCGUCUUCUUGUCAGCUUCUGGAAGGACCUUACAAUCCUUUGGAAGAAGAGGAAAGAUGCAGCUGACAUCUUAAGUCUUCAAGAGGAGGAAAACGGCCUGCUCGAAACUAUGCAGCGACUCCUGAGUUUUGUGGGGAAAGACUCGCUGCCAAAUGUGGAAGACUAUGAGUCAGACUGGAAUGAAUUUGUGAAGACAGGACUGAGGUACAACCUGGGAAAUCCCCAUUUCCUGCGAACGCUGCGCCUCCUGACAGAGGCAGUGUACGUACCAGAUGCCCCUGGACAGUGGAUGCUGCUUCCUGUAGCGACUCUCUACCAGAUGAUCUGGAGCCAUUCCAACUUCCUGUCAAUCAUCAUGGCACGGCCUGAUGGGAAGGCAGAAUCUGCAGCAAAAGGUGACCUUGUAGAGCUGCUGUUCCAACUCGUUACCAUGGAUACCACAGCCUGCACCAAUCAGCACAUCCCUGUGUUGCUAGGGGCGUACGAUGCCACUCUCAGUAGGACAGACCAAACCCUUCUCUGUAUUCUACAUGUGUAUGAAGGACAGGGGUUUGCCUCAGCGGAGUUCAUGCCCUGGCUGUGGGGAGUGUCUUCCGUCGAACACUACCAGAUGAGGAAGAACUCUGGUCCAUCGCUAUGGCAACAGCCAGGGAUGGAGGAUGUGCUGAAGAUGGUGGAGAAGGAGAAGAUGAACCGGUCGGUGCUGAACUUCCCUGUCUCAAGGAGUCUUAAGCCUCAGGUGUGUGAGGUGCCCCAGACAGAAGGUGAAAUGUACGACCCCUGCUUCUUCUUACCACUCUUUGCCAGUGUCCUCACACCAGAGUGUGUUGUGGACUGCAGGAAGUUUGUGGAGAGUCACUGCCUGGGUUUCAUGCUCGCCGGCUUGGCGAGUAACGAUGCAGACAUGCGGGCGGCUUCGUACCACGUUCUGUCGCUCUUCUACCAACACCUGGAGGGAGCCAGGUUUGCAGAGAAGAGACAGCUGCUGUACCUGCUGCAGUGUCUGCAGAACGGGAUCCACCGGCCGAACCUGCAGGUGCCCAACAUCGUCACGCUGUUCCUUGCCAGGACUGUCCAGCUGCUGCUGCAACCAGAUGAGCACAUGUACCCACUUGUGUGCCGCUACCUACUGGUGCGACCCGACCUUGACCUCAAGGCUAUCCCAGAAUUCCACAUCCUGUUCUUCAGCACAAGUAUGGAGUACAAGACAGAACGUUCCUGGAUCCUGACCCUGCUGGUAGACGGACUGAGAGACAAACAGGACUUCCUCCUGUACCAGAGCAAGGCAGUCUUCAGCAUAGGGCUGACCUUCUAUGAGUCUCCUCUAAGUGAUGAACACUCCAAGGCCCUGGUGAUGUCCCUACUGCAGAAGGCCUGUUGUAUCCAGGAGGCUGCCGAGUCGCUGUGUCAGCAGCACGGGCUCCUGUCCUGGCUUCAUGCACUCGUUAUCAGGAGAAAAGGAGAUGCCGGCCUCCUGAGUCAGGUCAUCCAGCUGCUCCACUGCCUGUGGGCCACUUUACUUGGGACAGCAAGAAACGUCAGUUCUGACAAGGAGGUCCUCUCUGAGAUACAAACCACGGCUCAAACGCAGACAACCGUCCCGUCUGAACUGGCGAAGGAGAUUCUGUUGGUCUGCAGCUCCAUCUCUGAGAGCCUGGACUGACUAGAUUGUAUAUAAUUGUACUAUACAUGUACUUGUACUGUCUGAAUAUGCGAUUUCGAAACACCAACUGUAGGCCUGGUGACUAUAUAUUAGUGGAAUGGGUGGAAAAUAUGGCUAGGAGGCCAUUGCAGCAUUCUAACAAGAAAUGUGGGAAAGUUGUACUGCCUAUGGUCUACCCUACUCGGUACAGUGAGAAAAGUCAGUUUGAACAAGGAGGUCCUUUCAGAGAUUCAAACCUUGGCUCAAACACAAACAAAAGUCCCAUCUGAACUGGCCCAGGAAGUUCUGCUGGUGUGCAGCUCCAUCUCUGAGAGGCUGACUAUAUUGUAGUUAAUUGUACUACUUGUACUGUCUUAAGACUGUAGAAGUUACAUCUACCGCAAACCUGUACAUAAAAUUUCAAAUAAAGGUCAACUCCUAUGUUA